UUUAAGGAAAUUACAUGACAGUUCUUUUACGAAUCUCUGAGUCGUCUUCUUCAGUGCGCAGAAUCUGGCCUUCGAAUCUGGGAAUCCAAAGCACGGGGCUUAGCCGAUAUUUUUGAGAAAACGUAAUGGCAUUUAAUAGGCUCAAGUAAUUAUAUAACCAGAAGCUUUUUCAGUCUUUCUUCUGCAUCGCUGUAAAUCUUUUCCCUCUAAGGAAUCUCUCUGAGAAGUUGCAGAGAAAAGCUCUCAAAGCAUUAAAUAAUUCAGAGGAACACGCUCUCUCUCUUUGGGACCGUAUUUUUAAGGGUUUCAUAUUAGAAGUUACGAGUACUGGUUUCUGAGUUUGAACAAAUGGUGAAGGACAUGAAAUUAUUUGCGCCAGUUACGCAUUAUCUUACUUGAUAGGGGGGCAUACGUGUUCAUUUCAAGAGCGGUCUAGGGUUUAAGAACCAGAGCAUGACAGUUCUGAGGUCCAAGGCAUGAACGUCACUGAAGUGGUAAACAUGAAGGACGAUAGUGGUUUGGGUUCAGAGGGAGGGAAGAGGCAUCAUCUGGUCCCCCUUGCUGCCUUGAUCAGUAGAGAGCUGAGAAAUGAGAAGAUUGAGAAGCCUUGUAUUAAGUAUGGUUAUGCUGCUCAGGCUAAGAAGGGGGAAGAUUUUUAUUUGAUUAAGACUGAUUGCCAAAGAAUACCUGGGAGCUCCAACUCCACAUAUUCGGUCUUUGCAAUCUUUGAUGGGCACAACGGGAAUGCUGCAGCAAUAUAUACCAGGGAACACUUGCUUGAACAUGUUGUUAGCGCGAUUCCUCGGGGUCUUGGAAGAGAAGAGUGGCUUCAAGCUUUACCCCGGGCAUUAGUUGCAGGAUUUGUGAAGGCUGACAAAGAAUUCCAGAGUAAAGGAGAAACUUCUGGAACCACUGUUACAUUUGUGAUAAUCGAUGGAUGGACUGUGACCGUUGCAUCUGUUGGAGACUCGCGCUGCAUUUUAGAUUCGCAGGGUGGUGUCAUUUCGCUUUUGACAGUUGAUCACAGGCUUGAAGAAAAUGCUGAAGAGAGAGAGCGUGUGACUGCCAGUGGAGGUGAAGUAGGAAGACUUAGCAUUGUUGGUGGGGCUGAGGUUGGUCCUCUCCGCUGCUGGCCUGGAGGUUUAUGUCUCUCAAGAUCAAUUGGAGACAUGGACGUUGGGGAAUUCAUUGUUCCAAUACCUUAUGUCAAGCAAGUAAAGCUAUCAAACGCUGGAGGAAGGCUGAUAAUUGCUUCUGAUGGUAUAUGGGAUGCUUUAUCCUCUGACAUGGCUGCAAAGUCUUGCCGUGGAUUGCCUGCGGAGCUUGCUGCUAGGCAAGUGGUUAAGGAAGCAUUGAGGUCAAGGGGCCUGAAAGAUGACACAACCUGCGUCGUUGUCGACAUUAUUCCACCUGACUAUUCUGUUCCUGUGGCUCCCCCUCCCAAAAAGCAGAACAAGCUUAGAUCGUUCAUUUUCAGGAAAAGGUCUCGUGAUUCCGUGAAUAAACUGACCAAGAAACUGUCUGCAGUUGGUAUAGUGGAAGAACUAUUUGAAGAGGGCUCAGCAAUGCUUGCCGAAAGGUUAGGGAAUGACACGUCGGGACAAACACCUUCUGGGCUAUUUACGUGUGCUGUUUGCCAAGUAGACCUGGCACCGAGUGAGGGAAUCUCGGUGCAUGCAGGUUCAUUCUUCUCCAUCAGCUCAAAACCAUGGCAAGGCCCAUUCCUUUGUGCAGAUUGUCGAAACAAAAAGGAUGCGAUGGAAGGGAAACGACCAAGUGGAGUCAAAGUUGCUUAACUAAGCUGACAAAAUACUCUCUCUCUCUUUCUCUCUUGUUUUGGAGCGUCACCCAUUUUUUUGGCACAUGCGGUUGUUCCGACUUUCGAGUCCCAUGGCUAACGUGGUGCUGUUGUAUGUAAUAGUGGUAAGUAAGAUUAUUGUGGAUUGUGUGGAGACAGUCUCCCUGCCUGAGAAUGAUUUAUUGAAUGAAAGGAUGUGCAUGAGGUGAAAAGCCCUGAUUUUUUGAUGUAUUACUCAUAAAGUUUGUUCUUGUGAUUCAAUUCAUAUAGUAAUCCUACAGAAGUACGUUGAGGAGUAUA